GCCACCAGUUACUAUUUUUUUUUUUACUAUUAAUUAAGCAUUUCUAAAACCCAUUUCGUCUUUCUCUCUCUCUUAAUUUAUUCAAACCUCUCUCUCUAAAAAUCAUAAACAUGGAGGAACGACAGCCCGAACAAGAACAACACUGCCAGGUCAUCACUCUCGGAACUCAUAACCCUCUCCUCCCCGGGCCCCAAUCGGACGAUGAAGACGACGGCGGAUGCGCCUAUUCAAGGGCUGUUCUCGUUGUCGACAUGGUCUGGAACCUAGCCUUCGUGCUUGUCGCCGCCGCCGUCAUCCUAUCCACGUUCGCCGAGCGUCCCUCCACUCCUCUGAGACUUUGGCUGUGUGGCUACGCCUUGGAGUGCGUUCUCCAUGUGGCUUUUGUUUACUCUGAAUAUCGUCGUGAUUCCUUCUCUCACACUCCUUACAGCAUUGCGAAGAAGUUAGAGCCUAUGAACACACUGGCAUCAUCUGUUUGGUGGGUUUUUGGAUUUUAUUGGAUUGUUGUUGGUGGCCAACCACUUCUUGAAGAUUCUCCGCGUCUCUACUGGUUAACAGUGGUCUUUCUAGCCUUUGACGUAUUUUUUAUCAUCUUUUGCAUUGGGAUGGCAUGUAUAGUUUUCUUUGCUCUCUUCUGCAUCAUCCCAAUAAUAGCGUUAGCUUAUGCGUUAAGAAUCAGAGAAGGUGCUUCAGAAGAUGAUAUCAGGUCACUUCCUAUGUAUAGGUUUAGUCAGUCAAAUGUAAUGGUUAUGGUUGAUGACGACAACAACAAGCAACUUGUUAAAGCAAGAAUCGGUUCAUACAAUCAAAGUCAUAUCAGUGAACUAUCUCUUCAUCCCGAUGAUUCUGAAUGUUGUAUCUGCCUAAGUACAUACGUUGACGGAACAGAACUUUACCGCCUUCCCUGUACCCACCAUUUUCACUGUGGGUGCAUCAGCCGCUGGCUUCGGACAAAAGCAACUUGCCCGCUCUGCAAAUUUAAUAUUCGAAGAGCCGACACAUUGGUUUAACAUUCUGUUGAUAAAGACUAGACGGCACCGAGGUUAAGUAUUGCUUGAGAGGUACAUGACAGUGGAGAACCAAAAUAUUUGCUAAUCUGCUGACUAGUGUUGGUAUAUAUAUAUAAGUAGAAAAAGAAAAAAAAGAAAUGAUCCACCAUUUCAUCUUAGGAUUUUAGUUUCCAUAAAGGUAUUUUAACUUUUGAAUAUUCUUAAGUUAGUUUAUGACGGGGUAUAUGUAUGUAUAUAUUGUGGGCCAGUCAAAGGGUCUCCCCCAUAAUUUGUACUUAUAAGGCUAUUACAAAAUCAAUUUUCUGUACAGUAUUUUCUUUUA